CUGGUUCUGGAACUGAAAUACGCAGUAGUGAUAUGAGGAAUAUUAUCACAUAAUAUGGAAUCAAUCAGAUCUACGUAAACUUACUUAAUGGUGCUGGAGCGGCUCGUGGGGCUUGUGCAGCUGGAGCAUCAUGUUGGGCGUGAUCAAAGAGGGCCCGGAGCAUGUCUGAUGCUCGUGAAAAUCCAGCUGCGAACAAGAGUUAAAAAGGACCACUGAACAAAACUUGAUUGAAAUUGGACUCCGUGGCUCCCUCGCCGUGCCUGUCAACCUCCUCAACUUCUCUACCAUAUCGACGCCGGCCGAGACUUUCUGCGCUGCCCUGCCCGUCAGCAUCACCCUGUUCUGUAACCAGGCCUGUCAUCAUGACCGAUCUGCUGGCCCUGCCCGACGACGCGUUGGUGCGCGUGCUGGCCCUCCUGCCGCCCAGAGAGCUCUUCCGCCUCCGAUUGGUGUGUCGGCGGCUCCGGGACCUGAGCCUCCACCCGGACGUUUGGCGCUCCGUUGGCCUGUCUGGCGGUGACAAAGGCCUUCUCCAAGCCGCGCUCAGACUCGCCCCCUGCCUCCGCGAAGUCACUCUGCUCUCGUCGUAUCUGCAGGCUGCGGCCUGCACCAUUGCCAACACCAAGUGCGUCGUCACUAAUCUCACGCUCUUCGUUCGAACUCAGCUCGAUGCCGCCUGGGCCACAGCCAUCGUACUAAGGUUCUCCACUCUGGGCGGUUUGAGGGAGAUCUCCCUAGAUUUGUUGGGCGCUGCCCCCGAGGCUUUGCCUCCCCUUCUGCGGAUGGUUUACGGCGUUCAAGACCUCUGCGAGUUAACUGUAUGGAUCCUCUCGGACACCUCACAGCUACCGUCAUUUCUAUGGUCAGAUAUGGAGCCGAGGCCUUCCCUAACUAAACUCAAGUACAAAGGUGCAGCCUCUGACCCUUUCCUCUGUUUUUUGCUGCGUACGCAUGCGUCCACUCUUCAACAUGUUGUUCUGUUCCUGGCGGAUGGGCUCCCCACAUCCCUGUUGGGAUCGAUGCCCAGACUGCACUCCCUGACUUGCCGUCCGACUGAUGACCUUUCUCAGCUGAAGAGCUUAUCCAACCUGGAUACACUUCGGCUGAUGGAUCCCGAAGUGCAGGACGUACCUUGUCCGGGAACAGUGGACUUCCUCCUUCAGGGGCCGCGCUUGCGGCAUGUUGUGUUCAGCUUUGAACCCAACUGCCCAAUUCUCGGCGCUGCCCUUCUGGAGGCUUUGGCCCAAUCGCCGUCCGCCCCCGUUCUGGAAAGCCUGUUCUUAGACGGUGUGCAAGACUCGCUUGUGGCCCCGUCACUCCAUCGGUUCCCAUCCCUGCGAGCACUCGCCCUUGAAUUGGACGCCAUGCCCUCGGACGAUUUCUUCCGUGCAGUGAGCCCCGCCUCCACGCCGCGCCUUGCCACGCUGCAACUUGUGCCCCACGGCUGCCCCCACGCCUGGCUGCACGACCCGGCCGUGCAGGACGUCCUCGCGAGGAACGCGGGGCUCCACCUCCGCCUGUCAGGCCCUCCCACCCUCGAGGACGACUGUGCCUGUCGGUGGUGCCUCUGGCGCUGCCACCGGGACGAGCUCCGGACGCACGCAGGCCUGCAGUCCGCCUUCUCGGCGCACACCAGGCGGCCCGGCUGCCCCAGGGACUGCCGAAGGUGGCUCUGAUGCCCCGCCCUGCCCGCCGCAUUGUGAUUACGUGAAGCGGAAACGGGUCUCCUCAGGUGCUGCAAGGCAUAUAAAACUACCAGUCACUGCCUAAAAUUCUUUGGGUUUUUUUCUGGUCUUUUUUUUAAAAACUUCAAGCUUAGGCUCUUUUGUAUGUUCUCCAUUUCUUUGUUCGUAAUAUUUUUAGUUGGAUGUAACCUGAAAUACAUGCUUCCUGUUUAUUAGAGAAA